AUGGGUUGUUACAUGCCCUUUUUCUCGGUUCCAACGGAAGAAUCCAUGGCUGCUGCUACCGGAGCAUACAUGAAGCUGCUUGUGGUUGUGAGCACACUAACGUCCUCAUUGGCCAUUAGUACCUAUUUUGUGCUGUACUUUUCUUCGGAUCCAGCAUUUGAUUUCGAUUACUGCAGUUCUCUGGAAAUUAUUAUCCGGACGAUUGGAGUGAUUCCAUUCACAGAUCUGCCUAUGAAAGAUGUUAUCAACUGGUGUCUUCCAGAGCCCUUGAUGCUUGUAACCUCCCUCAUGCUACUUAUGGCCUUUAAGAGGCUUACCAAAGGUAAUCAAGGCGGUGAAACCCAGCAAGCUCUGGAGGAACUCAAUUUGCUGGAAGCUAAAAGCCGCAGAAAAGUUCUGAAUAUGAUCAGCUAUUUCGGAAAAUACUUAGUCUGCCUGCUCUUUUGUCUUACCUCCAUCUUAAAGCCCAACGUUUUUGGAGCUGUAUACUACAUAACUUUUCUAGUCGCACUGAGCUUGUGGGCCAAUAACCAAUCACUGGAGAAGGGGUUUGCUCGAAUAAUUGCCUGCUCAAUUCCAGUGCUAUUCAUAAACAUGACGAUUCUAUUUCUAUAUCAGUUUCAGUACUUUCAAGAUAGGCAUAUAUUUCAAAGUGUUAUUGGACGGUAAGUAGAGUAAGGAUGGGAAAAAA